AUGGAUAUGGUGGAUACGGUGGUGUAUUAUACAACAAAGGCUAAAGGUUAUGGCUACGGUGGAUACGGAGGAUACGGAGGUGGAUUAUACAACAAAGGGUAUGGGUAUGGAAAUAGCUACUACAGUGACGAAUCAAAAAUGGCUCUAAAAGAAGAUCCCACUUUUAAUUCAUACAACAAUGGGUAUAGCUACGGUGGGUACGGAAGUUACAGUGGUGGCUCAUACAAUAAAGGAUACGGAUACGGAAACAACAAAGGGUACGGAUACGGAAACAACUACUACAGUGACGAAUCAAAAAAAGCUGUAAAAGAAGAUCCCACUUAUAACUCAUACAACAAAGGAUAUGGCUACAGUGGAUACGGUGGUGGAUUAUACAACAAAGGGUACGGAUACGGAAACAUUUACUACAGUGACGAAUCUAAAUCGGCAAUAAAAGAAGAUCCGUCAUAUAAUUCAUAUAAUAAAGGCUAUGGAUAUGGCGGAUAUGGAGGUUAUGGUGGAUCAUAUAAUAAAGGUUAUGGAUACGGAAAAUCUUAUUUCAAGGACUGA